CAAACGGGCGCCAGCCUAUCAGAGAAUCGACUUUGAUAUUUCUCCGACAAAUUCCAACACGUGUUGCUCCUUCAUUUGCCCGAAGCCCUAGGGCAAACCGAAACCUUCCCUUCUCUCUCUCACAAAUAUCUCUCUCUGUCUCUUCUUCUCUGAAAAUGGGACUCUUCCCACGAAUAGCAGGCUUGCACUCCAGAUCUGCUAAACUUUCAGGUACUUCCCUCUUUUUCCUCACCUUGUUUGGUUCCCUAGAAACCUCACCAAGCAGAGGAAAACGAUAGAAAAUUUGUGAUCCCUUCGGCUUCCCUCUUGUUCCUUUAGUUUCCAGAAGAAGAAAAAGAAAAGAAGAAUUGAGACAGCUCAAUUUAGGUCUUAAUGGUGGUAGGAGCCAGGAGGCACAGUGAGUGAGUGUACUCUUGUUAUAACCUGAAGAUUGGAUUUUUACUUUUUUAAUUUUAUUUUUCCUCCUUCGUUUCCUACAUUUUUCAUCCUUAUUAAAGUGUAUGUUCUGUGAGAGGUUUUAGCUUGAUAUUUGUUUUCUUUCUUUUUUGGGAAUCUUUGUUGGUUCAAAUUUGGUAAGAAAAUAUAAUUAAUUUUUUUAAAAAAGAUUUUCUACACUUUCUUGGCAACCAAAUGCAUUCCAAUUAAGGUAAUUCCAGUUCUGAAGAUUAAUAAAUGCCGUAGGUGAUCAAUCUUAUUUUUAUUUUAUAGAGUUUGUUGUAAUUGUUUUGGUUUUUGAAUUCAAUGAUAAGAUAAAUGGCUGAUUCUUGCGGGCAUUUUGUGAUCAUUGUCAUUGCUUUGUUUGAUAAGCAUGCAUAUCUUGGCUGUGUUUGGUUGUGCAGAAGUGGACUUGAUUUGGACUUCCAAGAUGUAUGCAGCUCUUCACACUGGCUACAAUGUGUCAUUUUUUCAGAUACUAAAAUAAUUAUAUGCUUGCUAUCACUUUGCUGCUGGAGAUUAAAUGACAUCCAUGUGGAAAUGGAAAAUUACGGAUGAAGUGUAUGACAGUCUUGAAUAACAUCUGCAGAACAAUUCCAAAAAAUACAUGGAGCAAAUAAGAAACACAAUGAUGCAACAUGAGGCGUUGUUCAAGGAACAGGUUCAGGCACUGCACAAGCUGUACAGUAUCCAAAAAUCAGCAAUGCAAGAAAGACAGAAACAAAUUUAUUCUCAAGCCCAAUUUCUGGCAUUUAGUUCUGAAAAACUUGCAUUUGCGGAUGGUCAAAUCAGUGGUUCUGUUCUGGAAGGGAAGCCUUUGAGGUCUGCCUAUGUUCCUGUUGCAGCUGACAAAGAAGAAUCACUUGCUCUUUCUUUGCAACCUUUUAGUGCAAUGAAUGGGUUUAAAGGCUGUGGUUCAUUAUGGACAGACAGCAGAGGACUCAAAACUUCCCACACUGCUCAGAGCAAACCAAUAAGAAACUUUGAUCUUGAAAGACUCCCAGAAGACUAUAUGGAUGAGUCUGAGAUCCAGGUUGUGUCAAAAUGUUCUGACAUGCCAGGUGCUAACUCAAUUUUGUCUAAAAGAACACCGUACAAAGAUGAAAAUUCGUUUCUUGGAGCCAAAAUCUCUUUCAGUCAAGUGGAUUCUCCAAGUUCAAAGCAGAUGCAAGGAGAAUCAGACUUGAGAAUCCUAUUGGUUCCAAGGAAGGAAAUCAAUCAAGAUUGUGAUGGGUCUUCAGAAGGCAAAGUUGAUAGUACUAAUAUUAAGAAGUAUGCUACAGUCCUUCAGAAUCUAAAUAACACUACUCAUAGCACAACGUCACAAGAUUUUCCACUGAAGUAUACACCUGGAGUCGGAAACUUCCAUGCAUGCCAGGAUUCGAGCCCUUCAACUCUAUCUCAUAUGGACAAGCAAAUGUCAUUGCAUCAUCAGGGAUUAUUGGUUCUCAUGACCAAGGGGUUAAAUCCUGUUGAAUCAGAGAAAGGUCAUCUUGAGAGAACCACAGAGCAAGUCACUGACAGCAGUGUUCAAGUUUUGAAGCAAUUACAUCAACAUCCAGAAGGUGAAAGUAUGGUUGCAACAACUCACCUGAAAUUGGGGGAACAGCCGAAUGGUUAUAUUUGUGGAGCUUCAUUUUCUAAAAAUCCUCUCAUUUUCUCGGUAGGUUCUUCAACCCUGGAACCAGUGCCAAGUGAAACUAAAGAUCUUGAAAAUUUCCUUGUCCAAGGAUCACGGUCCUCAGAAACAAACUCAAUUUCUGGAAAGCAAAUUUCUCACCCAUUUUCUUUGCCCAGCCCUCCAAAAAGCAAAGAUGGUGGAAAUGCAAAUUCCAAUGACUUGGGUACUGAGAAUUCCAAUGGCUCGGGUAAUGGAAGCAAUAGUGUUCAUUCCCAAGAGUCCCAAGAUACAAAGAGCUGUCAGGAUGAUAAAACUAGCAUGCAUGUGAAGGACACACCUGGAUUUGGUGAUGGUUAUAGUGAGGCAGGCCAUGCAAGCCAGGGCAGAGGUGAAGCCACUGAGUCUGAACUUGAAGAACUGCUCCUGGCUGAGGAUGGUGCUAAACCUUCUUUCUCCUCUACCAUUUCUGAAAUCAAGCACAUGGACAACUGUUCAAAUGGUGAUCCUAAAACCAUCACAAACUCCAAUGAACAUCUUGUAACAUCCAUCGGUGAGGACCUAAAAGAUAAAUCAACCCUGGAGAGAGUACGAGAAAACAUUGCAGCAGAGAUUUUGCUUAGUUUUGCACCUAGUGGGCCACAUGCUGAUCACAAACGUACUCAAAUUGAGGCUGAGUCUGGAAGAUCAAGCGGAGGCAAUAUGAGUUCUGAUAAGAAGUGGAAUCUUCGAGAGAGAAGGUGCACCAAUUAUAGCAGCAACAGUGGCAUGAACGAAUCCAUGAGAUGGACAAAAUCUGUUCGCAGAACACGGACCUCCAGAAAACCCCGAUAACCAGUUUGAAGAUUGUUGUACAUAGUUGGUUGAUCUUCUUCUGUUUGGAACUUCAAUGAUUAGAAGCAUUUAUGUGACAACCUGCUUUGUCUAUAUUUAGAACAUUGGUGUGGUGUUUUCCCCAUCUUCUGAGUGAGGAUGCUAAGUAUGAAGUGCUUAUAGCCUUAUACAAAGAUGUAAAAGCUAACACAAAUACUAUCCAACCAUACGGAAAUGUUGUGACUGUUUUUGAGUUUUCUUGAAUGAGAAAAUGUAUAUGUUUUUUCAUAA